CGCCGCCGCCUCUCCUCAGCCGCCGCCAUGACGACCGCGUCCCCCUCGCAGGUGCGCCAGAACUACCACCAGGACUCGGAGGCCGCCAUCAACCGCCAGAUCAACCUGGAGCUCUACGCCUCCUACGUCUACCUGUCCAUGUCCUACUAUUUUGACCGUGAUGAUGUGGCUUUGAAGAACUUUGCCAAAUAUUUUCUUCACCAAUCUCAUGAGGAGAGGGAACAUGCUGAGAAGCUGAUGAAGCUGCAGAACCAGCGAGGUGGCCGAAUCUUCCUUCAGGAUAUCAAGAAACCAGACCGUGACGAUUGGGAGAACGGGCUGAAUGCGAUGGAGUGUGCGUUACACUUGGAAAAGAGUGUGAAUCAGUCACUACUGGAACUGCACAAACUGGCCACUGACAAAAACGACCCCCAUUUGUGUGACUUCAUUGAGACGCAUUAUCUGAAUGAGCAGGUGAAGUCCAUCAAAGAACUGGGUGACCACGUAACCAACCUGCGCAAGAUGGGGGCUCCCGAAUCUGGCAUGGCAGAGUAUCUCUUUGACAAGCACACCUUGGGAAACAGUGAUAAUGAGAGCUAAGCCUUAGGCUGUCUUCCCAUCGCCACACGGGUGACUUCCCUGGUCACCGAGGCAG